AUGACAAGUUUAAAUCAACUUGUAUCACUCAGCGAGUGCAGUGAAGUGGUUCGACGAGAGCAAGCAAAACCGCGCGAUGCCGAAACUAGUGACAUUCGAAUCGUCAGCUUCCGACUGGAAAAGGUUCCCGGUCAACCUGGCUUUCUGGGAGAGUACGCCCAUUUGAUCGUAACGGUGGAAGUGGUUGAUGGUGGGACCAAAGAUCUGAAGUAUUUCGUUAAAUGUCUACCCUAUACAGACCCGAAACAACGAGAGAUAGUACAGGAAAUCGGAAUUUUCAAAAAAGAAGCCGUGACAUACCAGGAGUUGUUCGCGAAAUUUAAUCAGGAUUCUGCCAAAGUUACGAAAUGGUGCCCAUCUUGCUGGUUGGCACGAGAUGAUCUGCUGGUGAUGGAAGAUCUUUAUGCCAGUGGAUACCGGCCCAUGCCUUCACGAAGAGGCUUUGAAGAAGCACAUAUGUUGGUGAUUUUCGAUUCCUUAGCACAAAUGCAUGCCUGCUCACUGGAUUUGGAAUUCAACCAAAUGGGCGGGGAAAGGUUGGAUGCUAAAUUUGGAUCAAUGCUAUUCGAAAACACGUUUACGGAGGAAAGUACGUGGUUCACUGUUGGACUAAAGGGGAUUCUUAAAGUAGCACUGGAAGGAUCGAAAUACGGCCGAACGGCAGCGUGGAAAGAAAAAAUGUCAUCUGAGAUGUAUAGUAAAAUGGAGAGAAUUUAUGACCUGAUAAAACCAACCGAUCACUUUCAAUCGGUCGUGAUUCAUAGGGAUUUGUGGUUUAAUAACAUGAUGUUCAAGUUUAAAAAUGACCCUCUCACCGGAUUAAUUCAUUACGACAAUCCGACUAGUUGCGUUUUGAUAGAUUUCCAAAUUGCACGAUAUUUGCCACCGGCGAUAGAUUUUCUUAGCGCAAUUUAUCUGCUAACUCGUCGGUCGCAUCGGGAUCAACAUUACGAUUCUUAUGUGGAAUAUUACUAUCGGAAGUUGAGGGAAAAACUGCACCGGUUGAAUCUCAAUUUAGAUGAUGUCCUCCCGUGGCAACAAUUUCUGGAGAGUUUACAGCACUAUCGUCUCGUGGGAUUGCUAUGGUCGGGGAUUUUACUGGGUUUCGUAAAUCUACCGGAAGGAUUCCUCGGCGAUUUACAUGUAACGGACGUUGAAGCCUAUCACCGGUUUUGUCUCGUCAGUCGCGAUGAUAUUAUAAUGGAUUUUUUCCGGAAGGACGACCACUAUCGAGAACGAUUGUUGGAUUCCGUUGAUGAAACUAUUGAGUAUUUGUUUGGAUUUGAGUAAUUUUGGAUAUAGUACUUCAUUAGUAAAUAUUUAAAAUCAGGCAAAUUUAACU